CCUGGGUUGCACGAGUGUGAGAGAUAACGUUACCGCAAGGACAUCAUAUGACCGAACGUAUCAAGAUUAUUUUCGUCCUACCAGGGUUUGAAAUGUACAUCUAAUUUGUCCUCUUCAAAGCUGAUUAUACUCAAGGGCUCAAUUUUUGAAUAUGCCGCUUGGGGCGCUUUAGAAACACGAGGAUAUACGUGCAUGGUUGAACAGUGGUCAUUUUUUGUCAUUCAGCCUUGAGAACGCGCACGGUUUGUUUGAAAUGGCUGGUGAAUCGCCGUUUGUAGCAGCUUUAGAGAUUGGUACUUGCGAGAUAGGCUAUGCGUGGGUACAGCGUUCAUUCAUGUGGGCACUGGCUGUUCAUGACAUGGAUAUAUUAAAAAACAAAUAUUCAGCCUAUAAGGAGCCCGCAAGUGUUCUUCUUGACCCAAUUGGAAAUUGCCAUAGUUUCGGGCAAGCUGCAGAAGAAAACUAUGUAAAGUUGAAAACGAAAAAGCAGAACAACGGUUGGACAUUACUAAAAUCGUGGACCAAGUUUCUGCGCUCACGCACGGAAUUAGCACAAGACAUGACUGUGUCUGACGAAAAUGGCGGCGAGUAUCCCGCCAUUACACACAUAUCACUUCUCAUAAAGUAUAUAAAAGAAAAACUUCAAAAGCUGAUAAAUGCGCCUGAAAAAGAUAUUCAUUACGUAAUAACCAUUCCUGGAGUACACACAGACACUGCCAAAAUAGUUUUCACUGAGGCUGCAACACAGGCUGGAAUGGAAACUGAGAGAUUAACUAUAGCAAUGGAACAAGAAAUUGUAUUCCAGUGGUAUUGGACAGUCGAUGAACAGUUAAAAAAGGUGAUGGAGAAUCAAGAAAAUACUGUUAUUAUCAUUGACACGGAAGGAGAACAUGCUGAUAUUCGCGUUAUUGAGGCUUCGAAAACUGGCCAACUGAAAACACGGAAUGCCAAAUGUUCUAACUUCUUUACAAAAAAUUGCAUCGGACAACAGUGCGAGGAGUUUUUAAAACUUCAGAUCAACGAAAACGUCUUCGAACAGAUUUUAGAGACGAAUCAGUCAGAUUACAAUGCCCUCAUACAAAAUUUCCAGACUAAAAUAAAGGUAUUUAACGGUACUACUGGAAUACAAUUGCGUCCAUCAAUAGAUCUUCUUGAAGGCUUCCGGAACUCACCAAGCAUUCGUAUAGUGGCGGACAAGAUAAUAAUUGACGCAUCUAUAAUAGCUAGCUGGUUUCAAGAGCCUCUGGAGAGCAUUUCAGAUUGUAUCGAAGAAAAUAUGCAACAUUUCAAAGAAUCACACAUAAUUUUACUUACAGGUGCAUUGCUCAAAUACCAGUAUGUUAAAACUAUACUCUGUAGAAAGUAUCAAAACUCAAAAUUAAUUAUACCUAGCAUGUCGGGUUUCGAUGUUCUAAACGGUGCAUUGAUGAGUGAAAAAUCGACGCCUAAUAACGACGUAUCUGAGCCAACGAACAAUUUAAUCGUAGCGGCGUUUGACUUCGGAACGACAUACAGUGGAUAUGCAUAUUCUUUUUGGCAUGAACCUUGUAAGGUGCAUACACACAACUGGUACACAAGUUUUCUGAAUGAGUCAUUAAUUUCUCUGAAGACCUCAACAUGUGUUCUGCUUGCACCCGACGGAAAAUUGGAUUCGUUUGGUUUCGAAGCGGAAAGAAAUUUUUUGACCAAAACAUCCACUGAAGGAUGGCGACUGUUUACACGUUUCAAAAUGGCUCUUCAUGACAAAAAGACGCUGACACGAGAAACAAAGAUCACUGACAUUCGCGGAGAUGAGUAUUUAGCAAUGCCAAUUUUUAGCAUGUCGAUACGAUAUCUAAACGAACAUCUUUUAGAGCAGAUGGAAUUGAAGGGAAUUUCAGGACUUGGUGUUCAAUAUGUGAUAACUGUUCCUGCUAUUUGGGAUAACAAUGCAAAACAGUUUAUGCGGGAGGCUGCAAUAGAGGCCGGGAUAAACGGUAAUAGAUUGAAGCUUGUAUUAGAACCAGAAGUAGCUCCCAUAUGGUACAUGUCAGCCAGUCAAGAAAGCAGCGCACGAAUAGAACAGCUUGGGAGUAAAUACAUGGUAGUUGACUUAGGAGGCGGCACUGCGGAUAUUUCGGUCCAAGAAAUAUUACCAAAUAAAACCAUCCGUGUGUUUUACAAAGCGACGGGUGGUCCAUGGGGUGGAACAAUUGUGGACGCAAACUUCAUUGAUUUCUUAGAAAACACGUUUGGAAAAGAAAUAUUUUCCAAAUUUAGGCAGACACACCUGUUAGAAUUCUUCGGUCUCAUGCAGAAUUUUGAAGUGAAGAAAAGAUUAGAAAUGAAUGCGCCCAUAAUUUUUCAAAGACCUCAAGCACUCUUAGACGCCUCAAGGUCUAAAUUCUCUUUUCUAAAAAAGAAAGAACAAACAGACAAAAUUAUUAUACCAGCCUCUGAUUUGCAAUCCUGGUUUGACGUUCCAACAACCAAGCUGAUAUCCCAUAUUAAAGGCCUUUUGGAGCAACCGAACAUUUGUAACGUAAAAACAAUUUUAUUGGUCGGCGGAUUUGCCGAAUGCAAAUAUAUCCAAAAAAGAAUAAAAACAGACAUACCCGGAAUGCGUUUAGUUGUUCCGGAGGAAGCCGGUCUAGCAGUUCUCAAAGGAGCUGUGAUAUUUGGACACAAUCCUAAAUUGGUAGCAUCUCGAGUCGUGGCAUAUACAUACGGUAUAUCAGUUUACCAAAACUUCAACAGUCGCGUACACGCAAAGAAAAAGAAAGUUCUUGUCAACGGAGAAUGGAAAGCAGGCGGUGUUUUCAGAGUAUUUGUCAAAGCCAACGAUGAGAUACCUGUAGAUCAUAAGGUGACACAUAAAACGUGUCCUCUUUAUAGCACGUCAGGUAUUCCGAUAUACAGAUCACUUACAAACGAACCAAAAUACACCACUGAUAAGGGCUGCGAGUUGUUGGGCGUAUUAACCUUUAAGAACCGCGAUGACAUUCCGCUGGAAGAUCAGGAACACGAGAUAACCUUCAUGUUUGGAGAAACAGAGCUGAGAGUAAAGGUAAAAGAUGCAACUACUGGAAGUGAAGAGCAGCUUCUUUUAAAUUAUUUUCAUUAAAUGAUAAUGACAAAUUAUCCCGUGUUUAGAAUGUUUUUUUAAUUAGUAUGCCCGUUUAAUCUCAGUAUGAUAUAUGACAAAUCGAAAUUACACGAAAAGCUUCUUACAUAUGAAUUAAUAGGGCUCAACCAACAGGGAUAGUGUUUCAUUAAAAACACACCAUAUUUUAGAGGGAAACAUCCCAAAAUCUUGUUUGAAACCACGCGGUUUUCGGGUUGAAUAUUUGGUGUGUUAUACUGUCAAGAGGUCCUCUUCAAAUCAUGCUACUGGUGUCAAACCUCGCGACGCUCAAUUGUCAUGUAAUUUGUAUAUUCUAAAAUUCUUCUAUACAUUUAUAUCUAUAUGUUCUUUACAAGUGUGUUUUGUACAGAGACUAUGAGUUGAAACUUUUUUGUAUAGAAUGUAAAAAACGGUAACGUAAUCAAUUAUUGUGCAAGAAAUCACUGGUACUGUCCGUUUCAACAUAUCCAGACUUACACAGUUAACUUAAAACUGUAAAGGCCAUUUAAGGAACAAGUCUGUUACCUUCAGAUAAAAUGAAAUUAAUUUUAAAGGCAUUAUCAAACAUAUGCAAAUCAUUCGAGCAAUUUUAAUUACAAAAAUAUUUUUCGUCGUUUGAACACAGCAAAUGUGACGAAAAUUAUUUUCAAUUCAAUCUAGAUCCGAUAGGCUGAACUGUAAAAGAGCAUUUUCCUUGUGCACGAGUUCAUCUGUUCAGUCAUUUAGCGUUGGGAUUGACUUACCGAUACACACGUUACUUUUAAUUUGUUUUGAAAAUUAGUAAGAGUAUCAUCAUUCUUGUUGUUGUUUAAAUGUAUAAUCUACUUGUUUAUUGUCCUGAUACGAUCAAAUACUUGCAAUUCAAUAAUGUUUUUUUGUACAACCGUUCCUGUUUUAACUCACAUAGAGUAUGCAUUAAAUACAUUCUCUGUCUGUCUGUAUCUGUCUGCCUGUAUGUCUAUCUGUCUGUCUGUC